AUGGCGUCGAACGGGGAGGCGGAUCGGCAGGCGCCGCCGGAGGAGGAGGAGAUCGUAGUGGAGAUGCCCGUCAAGCCGGCGCCGCCGCCGCCGCCGCCGGUGAAAGCUUCACCGGCGGGGGCCGGGGCCGGGGCGGGGGCGUCGUCGUGGGAGACGGCGGCGCUGCCGCUGAGCAUGGUGGUGGUGCAGGCGUUCACGGUGGUGAUGCUGCUCCUCUCGAAGCUGGCGCUCAACACCGGCAUGCGCCCCUGCGUCCUCAUCGUCUACCGCAACCUCGUCGCCACCGCCGCCGUCGCUCCACUCGCCUUCUUCUUCGAGAGGGAAAUGUGGAAGAAACUGAACUUGGCUGUGUUGGGUUGGAUUUCCUUAAAUGCUACAUUUGCAGUUGUGUUGGCCAUGGGGCUGUACUACUACGGCCUGCAGGUCACAAGCGCCGCGUACUCCGUCGACUUCCUGAACCUGAUCCCAAUCGUGACCUUCGUCAUCGCCAUCUUGGUCAGAGCCGAGAAGGUGGCGCUGGGGAAGUGGCCUGGCAGGCUGAAGAUCCUGGGCGCUCUGACGUGCGUGGGCGGGACGAUGAUCGUUAGCCUGCUCAAAGGCCAUCUUCUGCACCUGUGGCCUACGCACCUGCUGAAUACCUCCCACGCCGAUGCGCCGGCGAGCGGUGGCCAUCACCAUGACAUGCUCACCGGCACACUGUUCCUGUGCGGCAGCUGCCUGAGCUACGCCCUGUGGUUCAUCGUACAGGCAAGGCUUGGGAAGGUGUUUCCAUCAAGGUACUGGGGGACGAUGCUGACGUGCCUGUCAGGAAGCAUACAGGCCUUCAUCAUCAGCGUGUUCCUCAGCCAUGACAGGGCAGACUGGAGACUCAAGUGGGACCUGCAGCUUCUGACGGUCGUCUACUCGGGUGUGUUCAACACGGGCAUCACCUUCGUCCUCAUCUCAUGGGCGGGUGGUGGGAGCGCUGCUGAUCAUCGUGGGGCUGUACGCGUUCCUAUGGGGGAAAGGCAAGGAGCUGCAGGCUGCGGCGGUGGAAAAGAAGAAGCUGAAGCAAGAGCAGGAAGAGGAGCAGAGGUGGGGCGAAAGCGAGAUGACCUAGCUAGUCUCUAA